CGGGCGUCGGCAGCGGCGGAGCCCGCAACAUGGCGGCGGCGGCGGCGGCGGCACUCAGCUUCGGGCCCGAGCGGGAGGCCGAGCCGGCCAAGGAGGCGCGCGUCGUGGGUUCCGAGCUCGUGGACACGUACACGGUUUAUAUCAUACAGGUUACUGAUGGCAACCACGAGUGGACAGUCAAGCAUCGUUAUAGUGACUUCCAUGACCUACACGAAAAGCUUGUUGCAGAGAGAAAAAUUGACAAAGCUCUACUUCCACCCAAAAAGAUAAUCGGAAAGAACUCAAGAAGCUUGGUAGAGAAAAGGGAGAAGGACCUGGAGGUAUACCUCCAGACUCUCCUGGGCACCUUCCCUGAUGUGGCUCCCAGAGUUUUGGCCCACUUCUUGCAUUUCCACUUCUAUGAAAUAAACGGCAUCACUGCAGCACUGGCUGAAGAGCUCUUUGAAAAAGGAGAACAGCUUCUGGGAGCCGGUGAGGUCUUUGCCAUCAGGCCCUUGCAGCUCUAUGCUGUCACGGAGCAGCUUCAGCAAGGAAAGCCUACUUGUGCCAGCGGUGAUGCCAAGACUGACCUUGGGCACAUCCUAGACUUCACCUGUCGCCUUAGGUACCUUAAGGUUGCUGGCACAGAAGGACCUUUUGGGACCAGCAACAUUCAGGAGCAGCUCCUGCCCUUUGAUCUUUCUAUAUUCAAGUCUCUUCAUCAGGUGGAGAUAAGUCACUGUGAUGCUAAGCACAUCCGAGGGCUGGUCACCUCCAAGCCAACUUUAGCCACAAUGAGCGUCAGAUUCUCAGCAACCUCCAUGAAGGAAGUCCUUGUUCCUGAGGCCUCCGAAUUUGAUGAGUGGGAGCCAGAAGGCACAGCCCUUGAAGGCCCUGUGACUGCUGUUAUCCCUACAUGGCGCGCGCUGACCACUCUAGAUCUGAGCCACAACAGCAUCUCGGAGAUCGACGACUCUGUGAAACUGAUCCCAAAGAUUGAAUACCUGGACCUGAGUCACAACGGAGUACUAGUUGUGGACAACCUACAGCACCUCUACAACCUUGUACACCUUGACCUGUCCUACAACAAGCUCUCCUCCCUGGAAGGCAUGCACACGAAACUGGGCAAUGUCAAAACCCUCAACUUGGCGGGCAACUUCCUAGAGAGUCUGAGCGGCCUGCACAAACUCUACUCUCUGGUUAAUCUGGACCUCAGAAACAACAGGAUUGAGCAGUUGGAGGAGGUCAAGAGCAUAGGCAGCCUACCAUGUCUGGAGCGUGUAGCCUUGCUGAACAACCCUCUGAGCAUCAUCCCUGACUACCGGACCAAGGUGCUCUCCCAGUUUGGAGAACGAGCCUCUGAGAUCUGUCUAGAUGAUGCAGCAACCACCGAGAAGGAACUGGACACUGUGGAAGUACUGAAAGCCAUUCAGAAAGCCAAGGAUGUCAAGUCCAAACUGAGCAACACAGAAAAGAAGGUUGGUGAGGACUCCCGACUCCCAGCUGCUCCCUGCAUCAGACCCAGCAGCUCCCCACCCACUGCAGCUCCCACCUCAGCCUCCCUGCCUCAGCCUAUUCUCUCCAACCAAGGAAUCAUGUUUGUACAGGAAGAGGCCCUGGCCAGCAGCUUCUCGUCCACUGACAGUCUACCGCCCGAGGACCGGCCCAUUGCCCAAGACUGCUCUGACUCCUUGGAAUCUAUCCCCGCAGGACAGGUGGCGUCUGAAGAUUUAAGGGAUGUGCCAGGAGCUGUUGGUGGUCCAAGCCCAGAACAGGCAGAGCCAGAGGUUCAGGUGGUGCCUGGGUCAGGCCAGAUCAUCUUUCUGCCCUUCACUUGCAUUGGCUACACAGCCACCAACCAGGACUUCAUCCAGCGCCUCAGCACACUGAUCCGCCAGGCCAUUGAACGGCAACUUCCUGCCUGGAUUGAGGCUGCCAACCAGCGGGAGGAAGCCCAGGCUGAACAGGGCGAGGAGGAGGAAGAAGAGGAGGAAGAGGAGGAUGUUGCUGAAAACCGCUACUUUGAAAUGGGACCCCCAGACGUAGAAGAAGAGGAGGGCAGUGGCCAGGGAGAAGAGGAGGAUGAGGAAGAUGAGGAAGACGAGGAGGCUGAGGAGGAGCGUCUGGCUCUGGAGUGGGCCCUAGGCGCUGACGAGGACUUUCUGCUGGAGCACAUCCGCAUCCUCAAGGUGCUGUGGUGCUUCCUGAUCCAUGUGCAGGGCAGCAUCCGUCAGUUUGCUGCCUGCCUGGUGCUCACCGACUUCGGCAUUGCUGUCUUCGAGAUCCCACACCAAGAGUCACGAGGCAGCAGCCAACACAUCCUCUCGUCCCUGCGUUUCGUCUUCUGCUUCCCACAUGGCGACCUCACCGAGUUUGGCUUCCUCAUGCCAGAGCUGUGUCUGGUACUCAAGGUGCGGCACAGUGAGAACACACUCUUCAUCAUCUCGGAUGCUGCCAACUUGCACGAGUUCCAUGCUGACCUACGCUCCUGCUUUGCACCACAGCACAUGGCCAUGCUGUGCAGCCCCAUCCUCUAUGGCAGCCACACCAGCCUGCAGGAGUUCUUGCGCCAGCUGCUCACCUUCUACAAGGUGGAGGGUGGCUGUCAGGAGCGCAGCCAGGGAUGCUUCCCUGUCUACUUGGUCUACAGUGACAAGCGCAUGGUCCAGACAGCUGCUGGGGACUACUCGGGCAACAUCGAGUGGGCCAGCUGCACACUCUGCUCGGCAGUGCGGCGCUCCUGCUGUGCGCCCUCCGAGGCCGUCAAGUCUGCUGCCAUCCCCUACUGGCUGCUGCUCACCCCCCAGCAUCUCAAUGUCAUCAAGGCCGACUUCAACCCCAUGCCCAGUCGUGGCACCCACAACUGCCGCAACCGCAAUAGCUUCAAGCUUAGCCGUGUGCCGCUCUCCACUGUGCUGCUGGACCCCACUCGCAGCUGCACCCAGCCACGGGGUGCCUUUGCUGAUGGCCACGUGCUCGAGCUGCUGGUUGGCUACCGCUUUGUUACCGCCAUCUUUGUGCUGCCCCACGAGAAAUUCCACUUCCUGCGAAUCUACAAUCAGCUACGGGCCUCACUGCAGGACCUGAAGACUGUUGUCAUCUCCAAGACUCCUGCGGCUGGACCAAGAUCCCAAAGCCCCCUCCUGGGUGGCCAGUCUGCCAAGGGCAGGGCCAGGUGAGAUUAAUGCAGGCUCCUGGGACCUGGGGCCUCGGACUGGCUUGGGUGUGCUCUCUGGGCAUCCGUACUUUGUGGGAGUCUCCCUUUACUUUCCCUUUCCUCCAGCUUCUUUCCAACCCUGACGGCCGCCGCCAGGGAUCUCAUCCCGAGGCUGGCGCUGUCAGCUAGUGACAGCCUCUGGUACCCCUUCCUGAGACCAGCUCCCAAGCUUAUUUUUUAGCACCACACACAAAGCCCUUCUCAGGAAAGACUGAGUUGUAUCUAAGUUGGGAGCCCCUCCCAAGGGACCUUCUGAAGACCAAAGUGUCUGGGUAGGUCGUCUUUUCUUUGAGGGGGGAUUGCAGUGCUUGGCAGGAAGGAGCUAGCAGCUAGAGCCUAUCCACACUGGCCCCUCCCCUUGGAUGCCUUGUGAGUGUCCUGCUUUCUGUUGAAGAAUUUCCCUACCUGGGAGCAGGCCAAGAAUCUAAUAGCUCGUGUUCUCUAUCCUGGCAGAAUGUUGAGACCCUGUCUUUACCUCUGGUUCUCCUUAGCAUCUCUUGGGUCUACCCUCUACCCUCAGUCAGUCCCCAGCUGAUGAUCCAAAGGGCUUUCAACUCCUACAGCUGAAUCCAGUGCCCUUCUUAUACCUGUACAGAAGUGGCCGUCCCGUAUCCCCACUCACCAUGUGAAGUAGUUGGUAUGCACCUUGUCCUCCUCCUGAGCUACCACAGCCUGGCUUUCUCCUGGGACUCCUGCAGAAACCAGGCCCCUAAAGGUGUAUCUGCACACCCAUGGCAGCAGAGUAGCCCAGCAGUCCCUAAAGAUGUAUCUGCACACCCAUGGCAGCAGAGUAGCCCAGCA